AUGGAAAUUUUGUUUUAUUAUAAACAACAUUAGUUGAUGAAAUUCUGGCUAGCAUAGAUCAAUGUACAUUAGAUACUUCUAAGAUUAACAAAAUUAAAAAGUUAAAAAAAUAAAAAAAUAAUAAGCUUCAUAAAGCUUUAUAAUAUUUACACUUUUUUUUAAAAAAAAAAAUAAAUAUUUAUUUUUAUAUUUUGAUAAAUUAAAAAAUAGUAUAAUAUAAAUAUAAAAAAUAUAAAGAAAAUUUGUACAUCAACAUGGUAGCAAUAAAUUCACGAAAUGGAAAAAAACCAUCGCGUCCUGCACGAAACGUCAAUCUGGUUGUUUCGGCGAUGAGAAAUUUAAACGAUGAAAAUGGUUGUACUGUUGGUAACAUCGUUGGAUUUAUAUCUGAUCUUUAUGAUAAUCCAGCACCAAGACGCGAGGUUGUUGCAGCAUUAAAACGUGGUGUUGAAUUUGGAAUUGUUGAUAGAAAAAGAGGACGUUUUUUUUUAACUGAUAGAAAUGAUGCUGUAGUUGAAAGAAAUCAUGGUGUUAGUUGUUCAUCAAUGCUUGGUGAUAUGGAACCAAGUGAUGUUAUUGUAAAUAAAUCAAGAAGAAGUAUGAGCAAAGGAAGAAAACGCAGAGGUCGUAGCCGUAGUAAAAGAUCAAGUCGUCGUAGACGUAGAAGCAGAAAAUCUGGACGUAGAUCAAAAAGAGCAAGAUUUACUGGACCAAUGCCGUCAUUUGAACAAACUGAUAGUAAUCCUGAACCAGCUUACAAGGCACCAGAAGCACCAUCUGAUGAAUCAAUUGAAUCUUCAAUUGGUGAAGUCGAACAAACUCCAUCAAAUCAUAGCUAACAUUAACGUCCAAAAAUUUAAAAUAAAAAAAUAAAAAAAAAUACAUUUUUUAGGAAAAAUAAUAAAGUAAAAUUUAUAUAGCAUAAAUUAUUUUUUAUAAUUAUUUUAAUUUAUAACCCUCAAGACCAAUUGAAUGACAAGGUAAUUAAGAUUUUUUUUUUUUUUUUUAUUUAAACUUUUAUAUUACACAAAAAAUUGUAGAAAAAAAUGAAAAAUAAUUAAAAAUAUUUUAUUUUAUUUUAUCUAAAAAAUAUUUAUGUGUUUAUAAAUUUUAUUAUAUUAUUUUAUAAUUAAUUAAUUAAUUAAAAUUAUAAAAAAUUUAAAAAAAAAAAAAUUGACAAAAUUAAAAUGACACAAAAAACAUUUGAAUGUUAUUUGAUGAUUGGUAUAAAAAAUAAAAAUAUAUUAUUUUUAAAAAACAAGAAAAGAAAA